GCUUCUAUUGGUCCAGCUGCGAUAAGGCCACCACCUUAAAUCCGCCUGGAUUGGUUUGGCUCUUCAUCAAUCAUUUCUAGUAGCCGGGACUCCAGAUGGUACUGAAUGGGCAAGGAGGGAGGGAGGAAUAGAAACUCAUGCACAGAAGGAGACAGCAGCUGCCAGAGGCCAGGAGGAGAAACCUUCACCGAAGCUGGGUGAAGGUGCAUGGGAGACGCAGCACGGCAGCCACAUGCUCUGAAAACUGCCUGCUUCUGUAGCGUGCAGCAUUGUUCCUCCUGCCGCAGUCCAUGUGUGCCUAGGGACUCUACGAUAGGAUCUGGGCCCUAUUGUGGUCAGUGCUGUACAGAUGAGUAACAAGGAGGACAGUCUCUGACCCAAGGAGCACACCACUUACAUGGCAGACAGGACAAAACAGAAUGAAGUGGUCCAGAACCUGACACUCACCCUCUACGUGCUUACAACUGACCAUAAAUUGCAACAUACGGGGAGCCAAAUCGUCACUGCAUCGUGUAAAAGAUCCUCAGCCAGAAACAGGCAAACAAGCCUUUGGUUGCCCAUUGAUGGAAAUGUCUUAUAAUUCGACAGGAGAAAAUGAAUUCAAUUCCCCCCAGAAUUUAACUGUACCCGGUGCAUCCAGUCCAGUUGAGAACAGCUUAAAGGAGCCUUGUAACACACCACUGAGCAAUGAUACUUUAUAUUCCAACACAAACAGCCCUUCAGAUUCUUGUGUGAAACCUCUCUGCAAUGCAGCAUCCGAAAAGAAAAGCAACAAAGGAGUUAAAUAUGUCUCCUCCGAAGGAGACAAACUUGAGUGUGGGUGGGGGGCUUUCACGCCUGCUUGUUUACAGUUCUUCAACACACCUAAGGGGGUUUUGUUAUUCCUCUGUGUGGCUUCUUUUUUGCAAGGGAUGAUAGUGAAUGGCUUCAUUAAUACAGUCAUCACCUCAAUAGAACGGCGCUUUGACCUGCACAGCUACCAGAGUGGACUGAUUGCAAGCUCUUAUGACAUAGCAGCAUGUGUCUGCUUGAUGUUUGUCAGUUACUUUGGGGGCAAUGGGCAUAAACCACGGUGGCUGGGAUGGGGAGUGCUCAUUAUGGGAGUCGGGUCCAUUGUCUUUGCAUUGCCACACUUCACCACUAGCCCAUCUGAAGUACACUUCUCAGAAGAGACUGGCAUAUGCUCUUCCCACCAGAGCAUGCCAUGUGCAGAAAGCGUCUCGAUCCUCUCAAACUACAGAUUUGUCUUCAUGCUCGGGCAGUUCCUGCAUGGUAUUGGAGCGACACCACUCUACACUCUUGGAGUGACCUAUUUAGAUGAAAAUGUCAAGUCUAACUAUUCCCCUGUGUAUAUCGCUAUUUUCUACACUGCUGCAAUCCUUGGGCCCGCAGCAGGUUAUCUGGUAGGAGGAAUGUUUCUAAAUAUUUAUUCUGAAAUAGGCAAACAAGUUGAUCUAACCCCAGAUAAUACUCUCUGGGUUGGGGCCUGGUGGAUAGGAUUCCUGGGUGCUGGAGCUGCUGCCCUUCUCACUGCCAUUCCCAUUCUGGGUUACCCUCGCCGGCUGCCAGGAUCCCAGCGCUACAUCAUCAUGAGAGUCUCUGAGGCUCAUCAGCUGAAAGAUGGGAGCCAAGAGACGGCAUCGGAUCCCGACUUUGGGAAAACAGUUAAAGAUCUUCCACGAUCGUUAUUGCUGCUUCUGAAGAACCCGACCUUCAUCUUCCUCUGUUUAGCUGGAGCAACUGAAGCCACGCUUAUUGCGGGAAUGUCUACUUUUGGACCCAAGUUCCUCGAGUCACAGUAUAGUUUAAGUGCCUCUGAAGCUGCUACCUUGUUUGGUUAUCUUGUUGUGCCAGCGGGGGGAGGAGGCACAUUCCUGGGAGGAUUCAUCGUGAAUAAGUUUAAGCUUCGCUGUUCAGGAAUCAUCAAGUUGUGUUUACUUUGCACAGUGACAAGUCUACUGCCUGUUUUCAUAUUUUUCAUUCAUUGCCCUAACAUGCCUAUGGCGGGAGUAACGCAGAUGUAUGACCGAAGCAUCUUACUCGAAAGCAGCCUAAACCUGACUGCAGCGUGCAAUACUGAAUGUGACUGUCUAAGGGAGAUCUACAGUCCAGUCUGUGGAAGUGAUGACAUCAUGUAUUAUUCUGCCUGCCAUGCAGGGUGCAAAAAAAUAUCAAUCCUCGAUAGUGGCAAGAAGGUUUACCAUGAGUGUAGCUGUAUCCUGGAGAAUGAUCCCACUGGAUCUGCCCAAGCGAUAGCAGGGAAAUGCACUUCCUCCUGUGAGAGAAGGACUGUCCUUCUGGUUUUCAUGUUUUUUGUGAUUUUCUUUACAUUCCUAUGCAGUAUUCCGGCGCUGACUGCAACUCUACGGUGUGUCUCUGAUAGACAGAGGUCGUUUGCACUAGGAAUCCAGUGGAUUGUAGUAAGAACUCUAGGAGGCAUUCCCGGUCCUAUUGCCUUUGGCUCAGUGAUUGAUCUAUCAUGUCUGGUGUGGCAGGACCAGUGUGGAGAACAAGGUUCUUGCUACGUUUACCAGAACUCUGCCAUGAGCCGAUACACUCUGAUCGCUGGAAUUGUCUACAAGGUGAUGCCCAGUAGUUGGAACAGUCUUCUUCCUGCUGGCCUGUUUCCUUUACAAACCGCCUCCCCCAGAAUCCCUACCAGGAAGCUCAGAUGCAUUGGAAAAUGGGAACUGUGUCCUCCGGGAGAACACAUCUCUCCAGACCCAAGCUGCUGACUAGCACUGUAAAUACUGCAAGGGACUUUCUCUCAGCCUCAUAAAUACCAUGUCAAGAUAUUGUUCUAUUCCUGUUUUUAUGAUUACUAUUAUUAUUACUAUUGCUUAACACUUCGUUUUUCUAUUUAAAGAAGGAUAUUUGAAGUAAGUUCUGGUUUGGCAUAACAUUUUCUGAAUGGCAGAAGCACAUGAGAGGAUAUGUCCAUUGAUGCCAUAUGAGGAUUUGUGCAUUGGUGCUAGACACUGUUAUUUUACUCACUGGUAGCUUUAUAGCUAGGGUGACCAGAUGUCCCGAUUUUAUAGGGACAGUCCCGAUUUUUGGAUCUUUUUCUUAUAUAGGCUCCUAUUAUCCCCCACCUCCUGUCCGAAUUUUUCACAUUUGCUGUCUGGUCACCCUAUUUAUAGCACUUCUGAACCACACUAAAGAAGCCAGGGUACCACUGUGGGAUCAAAUUCUCAGCUGGUGUAAACUGGCACCAUUCACUUCUGCGGAGAAUCUGGCCUGUAACACAUACAUCAUAGAACCGUCAGUUGCAAAGCACGUGUGUUCAGGCUUUUUAGGUCUGAUCAACGGCCUAUCCUCGUAUUGACAGUCUGCUACCAUAUGCAAAGCAAGGAACAAACAAGGAACAGUGUCUUUUGUGUUGCUGUAGCACAUAUGGCGUUGCUCGUAAUGCACGCUGUAUUCUCUCUCUGUUCAUUUCAGUUAUAGACAUUUAACUGCGAUAGUUCAUAUUACUGUGCAAUGGAAAAUAUGUUUGAGAUCACGGAUUCCCUGGGAAGUUCAUCAGUAGAUCACAUGCAACACACUGUUGAAACUUGAACGCCGCCGGCUAUUUUGAACUCACUACCCAAGCCUUUUUCUGUCACUACCUCUGGUUUCCUAAUUCCAUUCCCAGGAUUUGCAGUAUAGUUACAAUCUGCUUUUCUUCCAUUGUUUUACAAUGGACAUAUUUUGUAAUGUCCUGUAAAGGCAGUUGGAUUAUUUGUUGUCCUUGAGCUAUUGUGCUGUUUGACACAGAAACACAUAAGAUAUGGAUCUAUGCAAUGUUUUGUUUGUUUUGCUUUGUAAAGACAUUGUUUUUAAGUAUGCAGAAAAAUCAGAACUAAUUUAAUUUUUCUUAGACUGCUAGUUUAAAGAGAAACCUAACAUAGUGACAGACUUUAUUGUAUGAAGCUAAUGAAAAGAUCAACCAGAUUCUCAGCUGGUGUAAAUAGACAUAGCUCUGUUGAUUUCAGUGGUGCCAUGCUGAUUCAGGGCUGCCCAGAAGAUUCAGGGGGCCUGGGGCAAAGCAAUUUCGGGGACCCUUUCCAUAAAAAAAAGUUGCAGUACUAUAGAAUACUAUAUUCUCGUGGGGGCCCCUGUGGAGCCUGGGGCAAAUUGCCCCCCUCCCCCCCCCGACAGCCCUGUGCUGAUUUGCACCAGAUGAUGAUCUGAUCCAUUGUUUGCAAAUAAACUAGGCCACAUUUUCAAAAGUGCCCUUUAAAUAUGCAUUGCAGUAUUAACCAUAUGUUGUUGGCAAGGCCAAGCAAUGGAUUUUCAGCAUCUGAUGGCCAGAUUUAUGCAUGGCUGUCUCACUCGCACCCACGAAAUCAGGCAGGUGUCAGAAUCUUAUUAUUUGGCUCUUCAAAUGGUUGCACAAGAAAAAAUUGCAGGUAAAAAUUCAGCAGUUGGAUUGAGGCCCCUCUGAAGAUGCAGGCCCCUGAACUCGUUACCCUGCAUAAAACUGUAGUGAAGAAUUAUAGGACAACCACUAACGAGCUGUUUAAUCAACAUGUAAUGGUCACUACAAAAUAUUUAGAAAGAUUUUGUAGCUACUUUGUAUAUUUUUUUAUAUUUAUGUUUUUGUAAAAGAGUGAAGAAGGUUAAAAAGCUGUUUAUAGUUUUUUCGCAAAGGACCAAACAUUCCCAAGCACAGCCGGCACCAUUAAACACGGCCCUAUACCAUGCCUGGUGUUUCCCAUUCUACUGAGGCUGAUACUGUGGUGGAGAUACGGGGUUGAAAUGUCCGUUCUUUCCUUGACGCUCACUGGGAACGGGCUUUGAAUAAGAGUUCCUCUGCCAUCCAUGAAUCCUCCUCCACCAAGGCCAUGGAUUUACUAUGCAGAAGCCACCUUUAAAAGGCCCAUAUUUACCAACCAUUGUCACACCACAGUGUCUAGGAGCAAGCCUCUCAGCCUCAGGCUAGUCGCACUAUUGCUCUAAAAAUAGCUGUAUAGUAACACAUUGAAGUUGGGGCAUGGGCUGGAGCUUGGGCUCUGAAUCUCCCAGCCCCAGCCACAACUUCAGCAGCUUCAGCCCGAGCUGCAAGUUCAAAGCACUGUCUAUACCUCAACUUUUAGAGCCAUUGACCUGGGCUGAAAGGCUCGCUCCAAAAUGCCAUGUAUACCUACCCUGAAAGAGAAUAGUUCGUAUUGGGAAACACUGCAACGUCUCUGGUAUCAUAGCAUGGUAACUUCUGCUGAACACCGACAUUCUGGAAGGCAUCCCUGGUCAGUAGGUCUGGGUAGUCAUGGACCUGUUGGUAGUGCCUGCCCAGAAUAAACGCCUACGCAUUGGUGCAUACAGAGCCCUUGCAGUAUUCUAGGUGUGGCGUCCCCCUCUCUGCUGCUUGACACCCACUCCCCAUCUUACACACCUGUGGGGGUUUAAGGGGUGUGACUAGGCCCAAAGAGAUUAACCCUGACCGAUAGUAAACGGUUCUUCAUGACUGUCAACAGUUUUCUCAGGUGCCUGUGAACAAGACAACCACUAUCUACAGGAGUCUGCCACUCCAGUACACGAGAAACAAGAAAGACUUCCCAACACUUUGGGUACAAGCAGUAGCCUGAUGAGUUGCAUGACAUUAUUUUGGGGAAAUAUUUUGGGGAAAUAAUGUACUUAUGAUGUUAGAAGUGUUUAUAUAUAUAUGACAUGCUUUAGUGGUGUUUAUAAAAUGAAAUUUAUUUGAAUUUAUCAUUUCAAGAGCAAAAGAAUAGUGGUGUUUUAUUAGUUGACAUGGGAUUGAAAAUCCUUGAUUUUAAUUAAAUAGCAAAAAAACUUGUUCCUAUUAGGGCAACAUUUGUAUAUAGAAAAGUAUGUAUGUGCAUAUCGUAUCUGAAAGGACAUUUCCCCAUCUCAUGUGAAGUAUUGUAUUGCUAUCAUGUCACAGAAAUAUAAGCAAUAUUUGACAGGUCCUUUGUGUGUGUCUUGAUCAGCUUCAUUUGAUUCUGAAUGGUGCUUUUGAGGAAAACGGAAUGAAUUAGCUUAUUCAUAGCUAUAAUGUAGUCACAACUGGAAAAGUUGGGGCGUAGACACCUGCAGCUCUCAAUGAUAUCAGUGAGAAGUGUGGUGCUAAGCAACUCUCUGGACACAAUACUUUUUAGUGCCAGGUAGCUCUUUGGAUUGUGAUUGAAGUUUUAAUACAUCACAGCUUUGGUUCUCUUUUUAACUACUAUCCCUUUCUUCCUGCGCUCAUGGAGGAAGGUUACACAAGUGGGGUUAGGGAAUAUGAGCCAACACAGACUGAAGACAAUGGAAAGCCUCCUGUUGACUCAGAGCAUCGGACCAGGCUCAGGGUAAGCAGACACCUAAGAGGAGCUAUCGGAUUCUGUUUCAGAGAAGGUCCAUUCUGGCAGUAAGACUUCUUCGAUCUGUCUAGUACCUUUGAGAAAUAAGCACACUAUGAUGCCCACUCAGGUCAGUGGGCUGUUAUAGAGAGAAGCCUUGGUGGCAUAGGAAUUGGAUCUCCUGAACCCUCCUCUCUUAGGGUUCAUCUUACAGUACUGAGCUCAGAACACAACUAUGUUUCUUGGUACUGUUCAUCGCUAGCUGAGACAACGUGGAAGGACAACAGCAAUUCCCAGAAUCAAAAUGUAUGGAGAAUCUAAGAACCUGGGACAACCUUAGGUCAAGGACAAGUGUAGAAACAAGAGCCUAUUCUUGGAUCUUUGUGGGAAAAGGAGGAUAGGGCAGAGUGUGAGCACAACCAAAUGAAACAGAAUGCCAGUGUGCUUUUGCUCUGAGGAGAGAUUUCUCUUCUGCGCUCAGCCCAGUUGGGACUCCUUUCAUUUUCUUUUCCUUGUUGUGCCAACCUGAAUGCAAUGAUAGGUUUAUUUUUAGAAAACAAAACCGUUUUUUUUUUCUUGUGCCAAGUGCAUUAUUGUCAAAUAUUGAGGAACACAUCAUCAGCUGGCGUAAAGUGAGGUAGCUCCAGCAGAGUCAAUGGAGCUAUGGCACUUUUCGUUCGCUGGGGACCCAGCCCUGAUUCUGCACAAGCAGGAUCAGCUGCCUUGCAAGGGCAAAACAAGAAGUCUUUGGUUAUCAAAAAAGAACAAAAUGAGCAAGAUCAGAACCUCACUUUCCCCCCAGUGAAUUGUUUUAGGACCUGAUCUUGAACUUGGAGCUGUACACACACACAGCUCUGGUCUACGAGGAGCUGCACUGACUUCAGCAGUGAACUCCAUGUGAGUGUGAAGAUCACCAUGCAUUGAUUCAACUGCAGGAUCAGGGCCUUCGUUAACAAUUGCCACCUGCCAGGCUGAAUUUCCACUCUUGCUCUUCCUUUUGUUCUUCUUGAUUACGAGGACAAAUAACAGCUUUGUUGGGCUUUACGGCUGUAAACUCUCUAGGUUCUUGGAUGUUUAAAGCAUGGUAUUGGUGAACCAGUGUCUAGUACAGAUAUAUUAAGAGAUACAAAGGCAAUCAGAUUGUGUAUAUGUGAGAUAUAAAAGCCUGCAUUGUUUUGGUAUU